AUGUUCAUAGCGUUAGUUAUGCUAUGUUCGUUAACUAAACUUAACAUUUCGUAUUACAACGAAACGGAUAUUAGUGUCGAAUGUCGGCAAGUUAUCCAUCAUUUAUUGGACGAUAACCUUACUGUCCAACAGGAAUGGCUGUUCACAAUGGUGGACUCUUCGGCCACUUUGGGCACCGCUCAAAAUAAGGGAUCAAUUGAAUGGUAUGAAGGCAUCGAUCGAUUCCUCGAAACACUUAUUGAGCGCACGAUUAGAGCAAUGCGUUCACAGAAAUGAUAAUCCGAUUCAAUGGUUGCAUAUCAUCAUUGGGUUUGUAUUUGUUAUUUAAGCAAUUA